AUGGCAGCCGCUGCGGCCUCGGCAGCCGCCACGGCGCGGGCGAUGGUCCCAGACGUGGAGGACGACGGGGCGAAGCAGCCGAAGCGCGUGAACCUCCAGAACUACGCCAGCCGCGACUCUGGGGCUGUGCUGCUGGAAGCGUCUCCGGCAUCCAAGGGGAUGCAGAACCUGCUGCUGGACAGCAAGGACAAGUACGCGAUCUCCCCCUGCGAGGACAAGCAGUGGGCCGUGCUGGGCCUCUCGGAGGACAUCCUGGUGCGCAGCCUGGUGAUCGGCAGCCACGAAAAGUACUCCUCGCUGCUCAAAGAGUUUCAGGUUCUCGCCAGCCAAACCUACCCCGUUAACGAGUGGUUGGACCUAGGCACGUUUACGGCCAAGUUCGUCCAGGGAGAGCAGACGUUCGAGAUCCCUCAACCGGCAUUUGCGAGAUACCUCAAGUUCAAGUUCCUCUCCCACUACGGCGACGAGUUCUACUGCACCGUGAGCCAGGUGAAGGUGCACGGCUCCACCAUGCUGGAGAGCUUCCAGCACGAGUGGCAGCAGAGCUCUGCGGAGGUCCGGGAAGUCCAAGACUUCAUGAUGAAGAAGGACCCUAAGCCCUCUGCCGUAGGGACGGUGGGGGCGGGCGCCGGGGUCGGGGGGGGAGCUGCUGACACCACCGUCGAGGCGCUUGCCUCCGAGGGCGGCGGCGGCGCUCAUGGCCCUACCGGCGUCAGCAAUGUUGAGCCGGCUACUCCGGGCAGCGCGCCGAAGUCUCCGGGGGUGCAGACGGCACCAUUCUGCGACUGUGU